AUGGCCGCCUCCCUGUUGCAAACGGCAGUUCGUAAAGUAUCGCGAAGAAAACCCUUUGCCCAGUGCCACCAGCUGUCAGUCCUCCUUUUCCCCGAGGAGCGCAAUAAAAUCUUCCGAAACUUCUCGAGUACAUUUCGCGAGCGGAGCAACAGCGAGAAAUCCUACCGCCAGUAUUUCCUAACCUGCGCGGGUGUCCUGGCAUCGGGUAUCUACUGUUACGGUCUUUCCAAUGAUUCCAAGGAUGUCGACAACGGGGAGCGGUUUAGCGUUUUUCCCCUCGUCUCUGCCAAAAGUUUGCCACACAACGUUGCCAGUAACAGGGACAAGUACAAUUUUAUUGCCGACGUAGUGACGUUGUGUGCGCCGGCUGUUGUUUACAUCGAGAUCCAGGAUAACAAAAGGAUAGACCUUUUUACAGGCAAACCAGCCACUGCGAGUAAUGGCUCGGGCUUCAUUGUCGAAGAGGACGGAUUGAUCUUGACGAAUGCCCACGUUGUGAUCAAUAAGCCAAACGCGUCCGUCAAGGUACAUGUUCGUCUUCAAGAUGGAAGUACUUUCACGGGGAUCGUGGAGGAUGUCGAUUUCAACAGUGAUCUGGCUACAGUCCGUAUAAAUAAGAAAAACUGCCCAGUAAUGAAACUUGGUUCUUCUGAAAAAUUGAGGCCUGGAGAAUUCGUGGUUGCCAUAGGUUCUCCGCUGGCUUUGAGCAACACCAUUACAAGUGGCGUAGUGAGCAGCGUCAAUCGCCUGAGCGAAGAGUUGGGGCUCCGUAACAAACACAUGCAAUACAUACAAACGGACGCUGCGAUCACGUUUGGUAAUUCAGGAGGGCCACUAGUUAAUUUGGAUGGGGAAGCAAUCGGCAUCAAUGCUAUGAAAGUUACGGCUGGCAUAUCUUUUGCGAUUCCAAUAGAUUACGCAAAAGAUUUUUUGAAAAAGUCGGAAGAUCGUAGAAAAAACAAAGGAACAUCUUCUACUGGAGGAUUCAGUGAUUAUGCAAGAAGAAGAUAUUUGGGAAUCACGAUGUUGACUCUUACGCCUGAUAUUAUAAGCGACAUGCAACAACAAGGUGGACACGUUCCAGCUCUCAUAAGACACGGUGUUUUAAUAUGGAGGGUGAUGUUUGGAUCUCCAGCAUAUGCCGGAGGCUUGAAACCAGGUGAUAUUAUCACGCAUGUGAAUGCUGAGCCCGUAAAGGAAUCGUCCGACAUUUACAAAAUGUUGGAGCAGCCUGGUUCGGUGACUGUGACGGUGAUGAGAAGCGGAAUCGUUUUGCAGCUGGAAAUUCAACCUGAAGACGUUUAAUAUUUGCUUAUAAGUAUUGGUUGUUGGAGCACACUUGCGUUUAUUGGACAUCGCGUAUUUUGUAUUAUUUUCUAACGCCAUUGUAU